GAUUGUUUUCCUUUUCCCCAAGGCAGGGUUUGAAAGUGAGCAGAUCUCCACUCACUUCUCUCUGGACCAAAGGGAAUAACGUAAUUCAAAGUCCCUCUUAACAUUUCCUAGGAUUUGUGUACUGUACUGUGCGGUGUGCUGAACAGUACUGAUGGCUUCAAAGAAAACUCAGAGCAGAGGGAAGAAGAAGAUCAUCUCCAUUCAAGUGAAGAAGGACAUCAUCGAAAAGCAUGACCGUGGCAUGCGUGUGACUGAUCUGGCCUCUGAAUACAAGAUGCUAACGUCAACCAUCUCCACCAUAUUGAAGAAGAAAGAUGUCUUGAAAGACAUCGAUGUGGCAAAAGGAGUCACGAUCCUAACAAAGAAAAGGACACCCCUGAUUGAAGAGGUGGAAAAACGUUUACCAGUAUGGAUCAUUGAGAAACAGCUGAAAGGGGAAAGCAUCAGUAAAUCCAUGAUUUGUGAGAAAGCCAAGAAGCUGCACAGUGAUUUAAUGGAAAGAAACCCCUCCGGAAGUGCACCACAAGAAGAAUUCAAAGCCAGCAGAGGGUGGUUUCACAAGUUCCAAAAGAGAAGUGGCAUCCGCAGCAUUACAAAACAUGGGAAGGCUGCAAGUUCUGGCCAUGCUGCUCCAGAAGCCUUCGAACUGGACUUUGUCAAAUUCCUCAAGGAAGAAGAAUACCUCCCCCAGCAAGUCUUCAACUGUGAUGAGACAGGGCUCUUCUGGGAGAAGAUGCCCAACAGAACCUUCAUCACUCAGGACGAACAGAAGAUGCCGGGCCACAAACCCAUGAAGGAUAGAUUGACCCUUUUGCUGUGUGCCAACACCACUGACAUGAUGAGACAUGGGGAGGCUGCAAAUGCUGACUAUGCCACUGCAGAAGCCUUCAAGUUGGACUUUGUCAACUUCCUCAAGGAAGAGGAAUACCUCCCCCAGCAAGUCUUAAAUUGUGAUGAGACAGGGCUUUUCUGGAAGAAGAUGCCCAGGAGAACCUACAUCACUCAAGAGGAACAGAAAAUGCCGGGCCACAAACCCAUGAAGGACAGAUUGACCCUUUUGCUGUGUGCCAACGCCACUGGCGAUCUGAAGAUCAAGCCUCUGCUGGUGCACCACUCCCAGACUCCUCGCCCAUUCCAUCGAGAGAACGUUAACAAGGCCACACUGCCUGUCAUGUGGAGGGCCAAUGCAAGGGCUCGGAUGACAAGGCAGCUGUUUCUGGAGUGGCUCUAUGAAGUGUUUGCACCCACUGUGAAGAAAUAUCUUUCUGACAACCAGCUUCCUGAAAGGUGCCUUCUGCUGAUGGACAACACCCCGGCUCACCCCCCAUCCUUGGUGGAGGACAUUGACGAGGAUUUCAUCAGGGUCAAGUUCCUCCCCCCAAAAAUAACACCUCUUCUGCAGCCCAUGGACCAGCAAGUGAUCAGCAGCUUCAAGAAGCUCUACACGAAGGCGCUCUUCACCAGGUGUUUCAAUAUCACAGAGGAGACGUCCUUGACCCUGAAAGAGUUCUGGAGGUCACAUUUCAAUGUCCUCCACAGCGUCAGACUCAUCGACAAGGCCUGGCAAGAUGUCACAACCCAGACCUUGAACUCAGCCUGGAGGAAACUGUGGCCAGAAUGUGUCACCAACAGUGGCACUGAGGGGACUGAUGCACAGUUGGUGAGGGACAUCGUCUCCAUGGGUGAAGGCAUGGGUCUGGAUGUCAGUGAGGAGGAUGUAGAGGAGCUGAUUGAAGAACACAAAGAGGAGCUGACGACGGAAGAACUUGCAGAACUGCAAACCGAGCAGCGGAAGGCUCUUGUGGAGGAGUUUUCCACUCAGGAAGAGGCACUUCGGGUUAGCAGUGAGGAGAUAAGAUCCAUCUGCAUGAAGUGGAACGAGUGCCAGGACUUCUUUGAGAAGCACCACCCAAACAGGACUGUGACAGGCAGAGCUUUGGACAUGAUGAACGACAAAGUGGUCCGCCAUUUCAGAAAGGUUCUGCAGCACAGGGCGAAUCAGGUAACGUGGGACAGCUUUUUCACGAGAAUGGAGCCUGCGGGCAAGAGACAGCGACAGGAAACCCCUGGAGAAGAUGACCCAGAGGAGGGGAGCUCUACCUCCCCACGAUGACCAUCUCACCUUUUAAAAGGUGUUUUGUUUAAAUG